GGUAGAUGUACAUUUAAUCAAAUGCCAAAUAAACGACACCUUGCAGGAUGACUCAUGAAUGGUGACAUUCAGGUCAGUUCUUCCACCUUACGGCCACUAAAUGUUACAGGUUAAUGGGGAAAGGCCCCCCAUCUACACAUCCAUAUAAUUUAAGAUGUAAAUGAAAAGAAAGUGGAUCUAGCACAGUGACUCACAGCAUUGAUGCUGAUCCUUCACUGGGAAGAAAAAGUGGCUUUGUUCACACGGGCCCUGUAGGGACGGAACCACAUGAUCUAUUUCGGGACGAGAGGGGACGUAACGCUAAGCCGCUCGUGAUGAUUGAGUUGAGUAAUGUGACACCUCUUUGACCGAUAUAGACAGUGAACACACGCCUGCUAAAAUACAGCAGCUUUUUCCUGAAGUUCAUGUAAAUUAGCACACAAUAAAUGUAAACAUUUGUACCCUUAAUAUGUGCUGAACAUACAGUAUAGGACUUAUUUUUUUUCUUGUUUUUCACACAAAAAUGUAUAGUUGUACAUCUUGAUAAAAUAUGAGACCAGGAAAGCCAACAAAAAUGGCACUUUUCUGGUCAUUUUGUCACGGUCGCUGCUGUUUGCACCAUACAAAACGGACGAAAACUGAUCCUUCACAAAAGUGACUCAGGGUUUCCUUGAGGUUUGGCCAGGUGGCUGCCCUUUUUGUCACGAAAUCUCAUUUUCUUUUUGGUUUUUUGUUUGCUUCCACGGCCCCUUUCUGGUCCAGAAGGUUAAGGAAAGCUCCCAGUCCUUCAUCGGGGGCCUGGCGGAAUCUGAAAAUGGCAGCAAUUGUGGAGUCAUCUUACGAUGCCAUUUUUUUUAGGUUGCCCUUAUUAAGCAGACAAAAAUGGACCCCACAGUAAUUUUUGGGUCCCAGCAAAAAAUGUUUGGAAGGUUUCCCAGACCUCCUGGACAGAAAAGGGCCCAUGGCGGCAACCUGACAAAAAAUAAACUGGCCUUUACAAAGGGUGAAAAUGGAACCUAUGCAAAAGUGGCAUUUUAGGCACUUUCUAGAGAUUUAUACAGUCGUCUUUUGUUUAUCGCGGUUAAUUGGUUCCAAACACGACCGCGGUAAGUGAAUUUCCGCAAAGUAGAAUUCAUUAUGAAUAAAUGGAAUAUUUGUGUAGUUGGAGCAUAGAAAACCUGUUUAUGACUUUCUAAAUACAAUUCUUACCAUUAUUAGAGCCCUGCAGACAUGAAAUAACACCCCUACAGUCACCUUUACACUCUAUUAUUCUUUGCUUACAACAAAUUGCUGAACUGUAAUGCGCAGUAUUUUAAAUUUAAAAUAUUUUCCAGAUAUUUUUCUCAUGCAUUAUUUUUUUUAAUUGGUAUUUUAAUUUGAAUUCAAAUGUUUUCCCUCUUUAUUUUGGAAAGUUUUUACAGAGGUGAUGCAUUUUUUAAAGCUUCCUUCGAGUAUAUUGUGUUACCGUCUGAUUCACAGCGCUAUACAUCCUCCGCCUCCACAUGAAUGGCUCCUGUUACUAGUCUGUAACUGGGGGCGGCGGUGGUGGUGUGGUGAUGUUGGGCAUCAAUGAGAUUGUUGGUUCAGGAAAAAAAAAAAAAAAAGACCACCAGACUGGACAGGAUGCGCUUCAGCGAUCAGCAGCAGAGAAAGUUAGCUUUCACCCGCGGGCCUAUUUAAGCGGGUCGGCCUACACUGAGGUCGCCCCAUCACCUGUUUGGAGCAGGACCAGGUUCUCCUACCAUGAUUGUGGCUGCUGCUGCUGCUUUCCUGAUAACCAUCCAUGCUUCCUGUGGUGAUGAUUUGGACGACUAUUGCUACAAUAAGCCACAUUGUGAUCCUUAUGCAUGGGGGGAAGCGUUUCCCUCGUGUCACCCUUUACUCGAAGAGCACCACUCCCCCAUCAAUUUAGACCUGGCGGUGGCCACCGACGACUCUCUGGGACCUCUACACCUGGUGGGCUUCGACGUGACCCAAACGGGCUCAUGGACGCUCGCGAACGACGGUCACUCAGUGGUUUUGCAGGUGGGUGGCGGCAUGGCGGUGAGUGGAGGCGGCCUUCCGGAUGUGUACCACACUCUCCAGCUUCACUUCCACUGGGGGGGGCCCGCCAGUAACGGCUCAGAACACACUGUGGAUGGACGCAGAUAUCCGAUGGAGAUGCACGUCGUCAACGUGAAGGCCAUCCAUCCCAACAUGUCAGCCGCCUUGGAGGAUCCCACUGGGCUCGCUGUGCUGGCAUUCUUUAUUGAUGUUGUUUUUGGAGAGAAUACUCCCUUUGGACUCAUAUCACAAAAACUGUCAUCUAUUGCUUACAAAGGUCAAAUCAUCAAAGUGAAGCCUUUUCCACUGAUGAGCCUGUUGCCUGAGAACAACAUGAGCCAGUAUUACAGGUAUUACGGUAGCCUCACCACACCUCCUUGCUCUCAAUCCGUGGUCUGGACCCUUUACGAGGUCCCCAUCUACAUCUCAUGGGCUCAACUGGGUGAGUUUACCUCCCGGAUGUUCUCCACAGAGAAGGACGCAGAGCAGGAGACACCGCUGAGGAACAACUUCAGACACAUCCAUCCCACCUUCAGCCGUGGGGUCUGGGCAUCCAAAGAUGCCAAAGCGCUCACAGGGGCGGCGGGGCGAACCCUCGGGUCGGCUGCGGUCGUACUGCUCCUAAUGGUCUUAAAUGAGACAUCUCUAAUAUAGUCAGCAGCAACACAAAUCUAUGAUCCUCCAAUCUUAAUGUAUGACCUCAAUAUGUUUUUUUUUUUACAGUAAAUUCCCACACAUGGCGUUCCAACAUAAUCCACACUGCUUGUCUAUUGUGAUUCCGGUAACAAUUUAUUAUUAACUCGUGUUCACCUCGCUGCAAAUUUUGAGGCCAGAUUGACUGUGGAAGCGAGUGCUUCCGCAGUCAAUUGUACAGGGCGCCGCCAUCUUGGAUUGAUGUCACGUCCCUGGUGGGGCUGUACAUGUAUGCUGUACAUCUGUAUUGUCAAGUAUUUAUAAAUUAUUGACGAGAUGUUUUUUCUUAAAAAACGACAUUUUUAAAAAUUAAUCUGUGAAUAUGUGGGAAUCCACUCUGUAUGGGUCAACAAGUCCACAAUGAUUUGAAAAAGUAGUGAAACUGUGCUUCGUAUUCUAGCACCAAUAAUGUAUUGCAGUAAAGUUCUCUCCUAUGUUGAGUUAUUACACGUCAUACUCAGAGGGCAUUCACUUAGCAGUACAGCUUAUUAACUAUGCCUUUUCAUGUGUCUAAACUGCCUAAACUGUCUAAAUAUUUCCAUUACCUUCAAACAGAGGCAUUUUAGUUCUAUUGAGAACGACAGACAUACUGGCAUGUUAACCAAGGACUUUAAAUGAAAAGCUCAAACAACACGGCAACCAUUUCCGUAGUACGCCCUGCGCAGGUUUGCCCACCAUGAUGGUGAGCAAAAUCUAGCAACUGCAUCGUGAACAUGUACUCUGCACACUGUUACGCCAUUAAUUGCGCUAAUAGACGGGUUCAAAAGACCAGAUUUGGCAUGUUUCCCCAAGAACGUUGUUGUAAAUAAACAGGACAGUGGAGAAGACUCACAAGGUGUCUAUUGUGUGGGACUACUACACAGUAUAGCUUAAUGGUACUUUGUUUCUCUGGGUGAUUAGCUGUAUUGAUGAUGAUUUAGAUAGUAGUCUAUCAAAUGUAUUAAUGCCAUUACUGAAAUAAGUGUAGCAUUGUGUAAAUACUUCCAAUUAAUUAUCCACAUAAUAUAAGUAUUAUUUUGUAAGUUGAUUGUUAACACUGUAAAGAAGGAAAACGUUUCUUUCAUACUGCUGCUCAGGUUUUUAUUGACAUCUAAAUGUAGAUUAUAUUUCUGCGGUAU